CUCAGCUCAUCACCACUCCGAAUCGAUUGGCUAGGAGGUCACGAUAAGGGCAGCUGCACGCCACCUGCAUCCGGGGUGGGUCCCGCCGGAGCCCGAUCCGGCCUAGCUCAGCCUCGAACAGCUCCACCGCGCUGAUAACGACGAAGCUUGGCCAAUGAUAGUCCGCUUGUCAUUCCUGUUUCACCCGAUGUCCGCUCGGGAGUUUCAGGAAUUGGGUAGGCCUGAAGCGGGCGGGCGGGCUUUCGAGAAGAGAUACGGGGCCGGGAUGAAUGAACUUGCGAGUCGGGCUGCGUUUGCUUGGCUCUUGGCUCGGAGGAUUCCGAUGGUGAGGGUGCUGCGAUGCGUUAUCCAGAUCGGAGGAUAUGUCACUCUGCUUACUCUCCCCCAUACGAUGAUAUCGCACUUACGUCUGUAUGACAGUCCCAGACCGGGCGGACAAAUGCACGCAAAAGCAUGGAUGGGUACCUCGACUAGCAGUCGCGUGGGGUGGGACUACACUAGUAGGCAACCCAACCCGGCUUGCCUAUCGGCAGCCGACAGAAGUCCCGAGGAACCACACUAUCGGGUUCCCGGUUCAUGCCACGGGGCAAGCUACGAUGGUGGUGAUCGACUGAGGAGACACAAGGGCGGAGUGGACGAUGAGCCCAUCACCGGAGCUAAAAUCGGACCAAUGGCCAGACACCAUUACCUAACAUUUAUUGUCCUGCCAGCCCUAAUUCGACGUCUGCUGCAGAUGCACGGCCAUGAGUCUCUCCCAGAUCAUUCUUUCAGUCCGGAGAAUCAUGCCGAGACGACGGGAACGGAUGUUGUUGCCGCUGGUAUGCUGUUCCGCUUGAUGGUGAGCCGUGAUGCAUUUAGAGUUCUGGCUUAUCCCGACUUUGGUCCUCUCCCUACUCUGGCCCCGGGUUUUCGGGAUCCCGGUGUUUCAUGCGCUCGUUCAAUGGCCCUACAUACUGACCGCUGUAUGCUGAUGAGGAAUCUGAGAGCCAAAGCACGUCAGCCAGCUAUUACUUAG